AUGGAGGCAUCCGGACCGAGAGAAGCGAAACCCGCGGACAGCUGCUUUGACAAGACCGUUUCUACCCUCACCGUGGACGAUGUUUAUGAAAUGGCCAAAGUCAUUGGUGCUGAAGUGGAGAAACUUAUCGACGCCUAUGGUAAAGACAGUGCAGUGGGACUUGUGCCCAAAAUAGUGAAAGUGCUUGAACUUAUGGAGAGGUACGCCUCGCACAACCAUGCGCACAAGCAACAAGAAGAAGAGCUGCUCAAGACAUUUGAGACGAUCCAGCUCCAGCAGCACAGGAAGCGGCCAUCCAGAGACGAAGAGGCGGCGAGAGAGCACCGAGGGCAAGAGGAUCUCGAGCAGCAGCAGCAAUGGAAGAGAAGGUGCGAUGAGUUGCAAUCCCAAGUGCAACAGCUGCAGGAGGACAGAGAGGAGCUGCACAGCCGACUCAAAGGCUCUCAUGCAAAGGAAGACCGUGUCCAGCGGCAGGAGCGAGAGGUGAUGCUGAAGUUAAAAUGUGUGGUGGAUAAGCAGCGUGACGAGCUCAGAGCUAAAGUGCAGGAGAUCGCAUCCAUCUCUAAAGAAGGAGAAGCACUUCAGGAACAGCUGGAGCGGUUUAUGAAAAUGAAUGCAGAGUUGCGACACAAGCAGAAUGUGAUGCAGGUCCAGCUCAAGAGCACAGUGGAGAGGAAGGCUGACCUGGAGGCCGACCUGAAGGAGAAGAGCAAAGAAAUCGAAAACCUUAUUGUGCAACUGAACCGGACCAACAGCAGCCCUUCUAGUUCAAGACAGCAAACACCUGAUUCAAAUAAAAGUGAGGACCAAAGAGACCCUGAUGUGCCUUGCUUUACCAAAAAGGAAGUCCGGGACAUCAUUGUAGAGAGGAAUGAGCUCAAGACAAACCUCUUUCUGUUGCAGGAGGAGCUCAGCUACUACCAGAGAGAGAUUUUGAACGAGGAGAGAUGCCCUGGCUUUCUGUUAGAAGCUGUUCGCUCUGCAAUAAAGAAAAAAAGAAAACUUAUCAAGGCCAAGAUGCUUGGGAUUCCAGUGAAUGACAACAGUGAUGACGAGGACAAGGAACCAGAGUUUGGGCAGUCGGAGGUGGACGGGGCUGUGGACGAGGACUCUGAUAAACCGCCCGAGUCGCGCAUUAAAAACUUCUUUGGCUUCCUGACACGGUCGGGCAGUGUUCAGAGCCCCGCCCACAUGAGCAGCUCCGCCUCCACCUGGGAAAUCCUCGGGGAUGCAGAGGCCGAUGGAGACGAGCAGCAUCCGCCUUCCUGA